AAAUUACGUCAACCAGGAAGUGGACAGAGGGACGUCCGUGUGGGACGGAGCGGCUAAAGAAGCUUUUGUUUGAGCCUUUUCUGUGAAAAACAAAACACUAAAGAGCAGAAAGACUUGAGCCUGCGGCAGAGACAUGUGCAGCUUUGAUAAGGACAAAGGGCCGGGGCGGCUGAUGAAAAAGGGGCUUGUUCUCAUCCUGGUCGGCCAUAUUAACUUCAUCCUGGCAGCCAUCGUCCAUGGCAGCGUCCUGCGCCACAUUUCCAAACCCAGUCAGCACAUUAGUACUCAAUACACUGUAGCCAACAUCAUUUCUGUCACCUCUGGCCUGCUGAGCAUUGCCUCUGGGAUUAUUGCCAUUGUGGUUUCAAGGAACCUUCGUAAGUUUAAGCUGAUAAUAGGGCUUCUGACGGCGUCCUUCCUGAACGCCCUGCUGUCAGCCGCCUGCAGCGCUGGGCUCCUCGUAGCAAUUAGCAUCACCAUCGCCCAUAACGGGAGCGGUCUGAUGGUGGGAUGCAACGACACGGUGGUGCCCAUCAACGCACGCUCGCCUGUCAGCGCUCAGUGCCCGUUUGAUACAACACGAAUCUAUGACACCACCCUGGCCUUGUGGAUCUCCUGUGCCGUGCUGUCGGCAGCGGAGGCCGGCCUGUCGGUGUGGUGCUUCAUGGUUGGACUCGCUCUCAGAGGGAUUGCGCCGUGUGGGAAGAGCUACAUCAAAGAGCAGUUGGAGGAAGAGACUGAAAACUCUCCACAAACUCGUCGCCUUAUGAGAAAACAUUUCAAUGCUGAAGCAUAAAACACUUCGUAAGUCUGAAGAAGUCUGUCCAUUUCAAACUGAGGAACUUAAAGAGCCCUUAUGAAGGUUAAUAUGUGCUUAGAUGUGUGUAGAUGUCUUAAAAUGGCUUCCCUAAUAUUUAGGUUUAUUACAACCUAAUAUGAAACCAGUACUUAUGAAGACAGUUUUUUAGUUUGAUUUUUAUUUUUUUGUAAAAGUAAUUAUUCAACAGUUUGUUUACUUUUUUUAACUACUCCAUAAAAUCUAACAUGCCUUAAAAAUAAGAUAAUUUGUUGUUUUUUUUACAUUCAGCUUUUAAUGCCAUAAAAUAGUAAACUGCAUAUUUUGUUUGUUUUUUUUAAACUAUUGACAUUAAACAGGAAGGUAAAUGAAACAUGCAGCAUUUUAGGGUGCAGCUGCCCUAAUUUUGCCUAUAUUGUUAAUUAAAGCCCAAACUGAUAAUUACCAGUUUUUUAUAUAUAUAUUUUACUGUAAUUGCAUUGUUUUAAAAAUUGUAUUUCGGGGUAUGUUGUACAUUUCUAACUCUGUUUCAUUUUCUACAUCUUUUGCCAUUAUCUAUCAACUUGGUUCAAUCAUUUUUUUUUUUAUAAUAUAAAAACUAAAAAGAAACAUUCAAAUAUGCUGGUAAAGAAAUGUAUUCUGAACAACAUACAUUAAAAAAAAAAGAAGUU